UCAAAAUGAAAUUAUAAACCUAGCCAAAAUAGUAACCAAUUUAAAUAAUCAUGAUUCAAAAAGGAACAUACACAGGGAUGACUUUAAAUACCAUAGCCUUGGAUUGUGCCAUCAAAGGCCCUAAGACUCUUCUCCCCUCCAAGAACUCAGCCUUUUGUGCCAAGAGGAAGAGGAUGAGGGAGGAGGUAUCAGCUGUAGAGUUAAGCUCCUUCAAAUAAGUUCAAACUUACUGAGGACCCCACCACAAAUUGGGGGGUAGCCGCUGUUAUAAAAUCUGCAAGUUCCUCUGGUUCUACUACCCAUAAGGAGCAAACCGAGUUACCAAAAUCUGAAAAUCUUCAAGCAGAAGAAGCCAAAAUUGGAAAGGAGGUCAUCCUCAAGACUAGGACAUUGCAGUUUGCUCCUUAUGGAGACCUUGAAAUCAAAACCCGUCAAGAGUUUUACUCACAAACCCUCCGAACUGUCGGGAACCAAUGAGUAAGAGGCAGAAAGAGAACUAGCGUCACCUCAAAGGCAUCCUCUAUUGUCCAAUUAAUAGAAGAGAUAAUUAUCCCAGAAUGGCAAUCCUACCUCAUCGAGAAGCGAGAUAAAGAGAAUGUAAGCAAACAUUUUUGCCUCAGAAGUGAUGCUGUCUGGAAGAAACUUUUCAGAGACUGAAGAGAAUUCUUCAGAAUUCUCUUCAAACAUCGCUUCCACAGAAUGGACUACCAAACUUGUGAAGCUAAGCUAUCUUGCAUUAAAAUCUUAACUGAAGAAUUGGGAUUCCCUCUUUUUGCAGAUGAUAAUCUCAUUUUCUUCUUCCAGUUCUUCCACCAGAUCCAUCUCUCAGAGAAGAAUAAAGCAAAGUAUAAAGAUAUCCUGACUGAAAAUCCUAUUGGCGUUGAAGCUCUUAACAGAUACACAAACCAAAGCAGGACUUUGUUCCUAAAAGAUCCAAUGUGCUCUCGUCUGCUGUACUUUGUCUACCAGAACUACAAGGAGCUCUACUCAACCUUCUUGAGCAUGAAUAUCAAACUAAAGGUCGAGGAAUGUAUCACCUAUUUCCUCGAUCAAUACAAUUCAUGACUGUCAGAGGCAGAAAUAAUAUGAACUGACAAUCUUCCUAUUUAAUCAAUAUCUAUUCCAAUUCCU